UAUUUCUUUAAGAAACCCCAUAUUUUAAUGUCAAAAAUGAAGUCAAACCAACAUACGUUUCGAAAUAUAUACAACAUAAAUUCAACCCAACCUAGGGAAUCGAGGAAUGGAUCGCAUGGAGGAGCAGGAUGUUUAGAGUGCGAUGGCAUCGCCUGUUACGUUCGUUUCUUCGGAAAAAAGCCUCACCGGUAGACCACUUCUUGAAGAGAUUUCAAACCAAUCGAAAGCGGCCUGACACCGAAUCGUUCUGGUCGCAGAUGUCCGGAAAGUACCUACUCCUGACCGACACCAUGGGAUCUGGUUUGCUUAUGGGCAUCGGAGACGCUGUCGCCCAGUACUCCGAGCGAUUAGCGGAGAACAAAUCCUUUGAUUAUUCCCGUUCCAGAAGCAUGGUAAUAACCGGCUUGAUGAUAGGGCCAGUACAGCAUGGAUUUUACUGUUUACUGGAUCGGAUAUUUAUUGGCAAUACGGGACUGGUAAUUCUUCAAAAGUUGCUGGCGGAUCAGUUGAUAAUGUCGCCCGUCUAUAUCGGUCUGUUCUUUUACCUUACUAGCUUGCUGGAGGGGCUAAGCAUUAAGGAAACCAAUGCCCAGCUGUCGGAAAAGUUCUUCUAUACCUGGGCCAUCGACUGCUGCUUUUUCCCGGCUUUGCAGUUUCUGAAUUUCCGCUACCUUCCUGAAAUGUAUCGUGUGAUCUUCAUAAAUCUGGUAAAUUGUUUAUACAUAGUGAUGCUAUCCUAUAUCAAACACAGCUCGAAAUCAGGACAAAGCUAGGACAAAAAUGUAGUAUUUCUGUCAUGUUUCCGUUAAAUUAUAAUGAAAUAGAACAUUGAAACUCGGCCCAAUGA